GAUCGUUCAAAGCCAAACUGCCGCUACGCAUCAUACUUAUGAUUGCAUUCUCUGUGUCUGGCCAAAAUAGUAUUUAUGAUUGGGUCCGGGAUCACCGUAUUCACCACAAGAUGUCAGAAACAUCAGCAGAUCCCCACGAUGCUAACAGGGGCUUCUUCUUCUCCCAUGUCGGAUGGCUGAUGAUGAAGAAACACCCUCGAGUCAUUAUUGAAGGAAAGAAGAUUGACAUGAGCGACGUCACGGAUGACCCAAUUGCUACGUUUCAUAUGAAGUAUUUUUGGAUACUGAAAUUGUUAUGCUGCUUCGUCCUACCAACACUUACCACAGUGUACGUCUUCGAUGAAACAUGGGCUCGGGCAGUACUCGCCCAAUGUUUCAUGAGAUAUUUACUGAACCUACACUUUACGUGGUCUGUCAAUAGCUUCGCACACUUAUGGGGACACAAGCCAUACGACAAGAACAUAAUGCCAUCUGAAAACUGGGGUGUAUCGAUAGUGGCAAUGGGAGAAGGCUGGCACAACUUUCACCACACAUUUCCUUGGGAUUACAAAGCAGCUGAAAUGUCAUAUCUUAUCAAUCCAACAACAUUCUUUAUUGAUUUUUUCGGACUGUUAGGUUGGGCAUAUGACAUGAAAGAAGCUUCACCUAAUUUAAUAGAAGCUGUAUCAAAAAGACGCGGCGCCUUGUCA